CUUGGAUUAGUGAAUGCUUGCGCGUGAGGAAUAAACAUCGGGCUCGAGGACUAUUGUAAAAGAAUUCCAAUGUCGGCAAACGAGGAGCGCACCUUCAUUGCCAUCAAGCCCGAUGGCGUGCAGAGGGGACUGGUCGGAGAGAUCAUCAAGCGUUUUGAACUGAAAGGAUUCAAGUUAGUUGCAAUGAAGUUAAUCCAGGCCAGUGAAGAUCUUCUUAGGCAGCACUACAGUGACCUAAAGGAUCGGCCUUUCUUUCCUGGGCUUGUCUGUUACAUGACAUCUGGCCCUGUGGUUGCUAUGGUGUGGGAGGGUUUUAAUGUAAUAAAAACCGGCCGUGUAAUGCUUGGUGAGACAAAUCCCAUUGACUCAAAGCCUGGGACUAUCCGAGGUGACUUUUGUGUCCAAGUUGGCCGGAACAUCACCCAUGGCAGUGAUUCGGUUGAUAGUGCCAACACUGAGAUCAGCCUAUGGUUUACACCAGAAGAACUCUGUGACUAUUCCAAAUGUCAGCAUAGUUGGAUCUAUGGCUGAACACUUUCUUCUUUCCCUCACUGAUGUUUCUGCAUUGAUUCACAUUCUUUUUCCCAUUGUUGUGGUGGUUGUCUUUACAAUAAAAUAAAAAAUCCAUUUGUCAUUAAUUACAUAGUUUUAGUGUGAAAAGUAACAGAAGCUCUACAUUUAU